CUGUCAUCGAUAGAAGCGAUAUCGAUGUAUCAUUGAUAUUUUUUUGUCGAUCGAUUAUCGAUUUAAAAUUUAAAAAAUCGAUACUUUCAUUAAGUAUUAGAAGGUCUAGGAAUGACGAAAAUUUACUCGAAACAUAAACGGAAACAGGUGCCCUGUCAAAAGGACAUGUCUAAAACUAUGCCGUCGCUAAUUUAAUGCCCAAAUUAAUGGACAACUACUAUAUGGUGGCUGUACUCGAACUUCGGAAUCCAACACAUUUGUUUGUGUUAAAAAUGAAAUCAUUAUAAUUUAUAUAAACAAGACAAACAAAUUUUUUAUAUAAUAUUUUAAAAUAAAAACCCGAUAGUACUAAAUCAACUGUCCUUUGAUCUGAAGGUCAUCAUUCAUUAAUGUCUACAUUUUAGUCUGUACCCAUUUCUUAGCAACCGGUAAAAAUGGCCGACAACAUAAAAAUUGUAGACAAAAAGAAAGCAAAAAAUGCCAAGCAAAGUCCCGUAUGGGAACAUUUUGGAUUCGUUGAAGACAAGGGGGUGGUCAACCCAAAACUAGUCGCAUGUAAGAUUUGCCGUUUGACAAUGCCAUUUAGCGGCAAUACAACAAAUCUGAGAGCCCAUCUUGACCGUAAACAUUGGGAUAAGGUGAAACAUCUAUCAACUACGCCGGUGCCAGCACCAAAUAAUCAAAUUGCUGUGCAGCCUUCACAGAGUGUGUCCAAGAGUGAUCCCCCACUUCCAUCAAUGACCAUAAGUCCACAGCCAGACCUUGGUGAAACAUCACAACGAACAGUUUCAUAUUUAUUUGAAAAACAAAGAGCUUUUCCCAUAGCUUCCACUAGAGCCGUUACAGUAUCACAAGCUAUAGCAGAGUUUCUAAUAUUAGAUAUGAAACCUCUUAGUACAGUAGAGGGGGAAGGUUUCAAAAAUUUACUUAAGGUUUUGGAGCCACGUUAUUCUACAGUGUCCAGAAACCAUAUUCUGGAAAAGUACAUUGUACCAAUGUACCACAGAACAUUUGAGACAGUUAAACUUGAACUUUCAAACGGGCUUCGCCAUGCCUUUACCACAGAUGGGUGGACAUCUAUUUCAACAGAAAGUUUCAUUACCACAACUUGUCAUUUUAUUUCACCUGAAACAUAUCAACUCCAGUCCAGAGUCCUAGAUACUAAAUUUUGUCCUGUGAGUCACACAGCUGAGAAUUUGGCUUCUGAAAUGUUGCAUACUAUUGAAAAAUGGGGAUUAAAGGAUCCUGUAUCUGUAACAGAUAAUGCAGCUAAUAUAGUGAAAGCUUGUGAGGUUGCCAAUUUGCCCCACAUUGGCUGCUUUGGACAUAUUUUGAACCUUGCUGUGAAUCGAUGUUUAUCUGUAACAGAAGUAAAUGCACUAAUUGGUAAAUGUAGAAAGUUGGUUUCCGUAUUCAAACAAAGUUCUUUGAAAACAACCGCGUUACAUGUUGCAGAAGCAAAUCUUGAUCUUAAACAACUGCAAGUACUCCAGGACGUUGAGACGAGAUGGAAUUCAGCUCUGUUUAUGGUCAAACGUCUUCUUGAAAUUCUGCCAGCAAUAUGGGCUGUGUUAUACAAAGAUAAAAAACAUGGACAUUUACUUCCAUCUGAUUCUGAUAGAAAGAAUAUGGAGGAUCUCAAGGAUUUACUUGAACCCGUUGAAGAGGCAACCAAGAAGGUUUCAGCAGAAAAAUCCAGUACAGUAAGUUUGAUUCUGCCAACACUACAACGUUUCGUCAAUCAUGACUUUGUUCCUAAGCCCACUGACAGCUCAUUAAUUGUAAAAGCCAAAACUGCCAUACGUAAUGACUUAACUAAAAGGUAUUUGAAAGAUGAUGAGCAGUUAUUGCUUGCAACAGCUACUACCCUUGACCCUAGAUUCAAAAAACUUAAGUGGUUUGAGCCAGAAAAGAGACAAGAAGUAUAUCAACUGUUGAAGGAGGCUAUGAUAAAAGAGGUGCGUGAAUCAACAUUAAGUUCUGUUCAAAUAAAAACUGAGCAAGAACUGCCAAGUCAGGUAAAAGACGACAUCUGUGACAUAAAUGAAAACAGCCCAGAGAAAAAGAGACCCAAACAGGAAGACAGUGAAAUAGCAGAAUCAACAAAGAGUGAUGCAACUGAUGCUGAUUUUUUUGAUGUGUUAUUUGUCAAAGAAGAGAAACCAGAAGUUACACAGGCAGAUAUCGUUAUGAAAGAGUUCAAUGGCUAUAUGGAGGAUGAAGCGGUUUCAUUCAAGCAAGAUCCUAUUGAAUGGUGGUGCGGACAUAGGGAGAAGUAUCCUGUUCUUGCACAGAUUGCGCUACAAUACUUACAUAUACCAGCUACAAGUGUACCAUCUGAAAGGGUGUUCUCCACAACCGGGAAUAUACUUACCAAGAAGAGAUCAUCUUUAACAGCAGACAAUACAGAUAUGAUGGUGUUCCUAUAUCAUAAUUAUCACAGAAUUAAGAAGGCUUAAAAUAGUUGUUUAUUGUUUUGAGUUGUCUGCAACCAGUUAAAGUGUUGUUGUUAACAUGCUUCAUGUGCUCUAAAAAGUUAUACUCAUGAAAGAUUAAUUUCAGGUUUUGACUUAUUUACCAAUGAAUGCCAUGGUUUGGUUUAUUUGAACAACUGUAAUUACUGUAUUUUUGUAUCCACUGUGUUCUAGUAUCAAGACUUUAUGACUACCUACAGUACCUACUUACAAAACUCAUGUACCAGUUUGAUGUUAUUUCUGUAAAAUUUAUGUGUUUUUUUUUCUACUCUAGUCAAGUAAACUAGUCAUUCUUGUUAAUAUUCAGUUAAGUUUGAACUCAGUUUUGUCAAGUGAACUAGUGAUUGCAUAUUGUGACUUUAGUCACUGAAGAGGUUUGCUUGGUGUAAUGGUGUAUGUGAAUAGCGGCCAGUAAAUAAAUAACCACAUUUAAAUUCUAUACACAGUUUUGUAUUUAUUUGAUAAUUUACAUAUUUCAUAGCACUUAUAUGCAAAAUGUGAUCAGAGAAAAACAUGCAGAGGACAUUUAUAAACAAAACACAAUAUAAGUUCAUGUACAUAAGGUGUUUUUUUACUGAAAACAAACAGAUAUGUAUGAAAAUGAAUUACAGAUAAAUGAUAUAUUGAUAUAUCGGUGAAUCGUCGAUAUUUGUGAUCCGAUAUCGAUAUAUCGACGAUAUG